GUCAUCUGCAAAUCUGACAGAAAGAAACUGAAUGUGUGAAUAGAGGAAAAAAUCAUUCUGACAAUGUUACAGAAUGAAUGUUUGAAACUGCCUCUCUCUCGCCCUCGCUCUCGCUCUCGCUUUCGCUCUCUUACCGUCUUUACUAGUUUUACUUUCACUUUGAGACCUCGCGGUAUGAAAUAUUUCGCACCAAGAAAAGUAAAAAACGAUUGUAAUUCAUCAACACAACAGCCUCCACAGUGGAAUAUUCUCCCAUGACUUGGUUUCAGCGGAUCUGUUGAUGCUUCCAUACUUUCCUGAUUCAUUCAGUGGAUAAUAAGAAUAAUACUUUCAGGACGGGCCAAAGAGAAUAAGAAGCAUCUUCUCUCUGUGUUUCCUCUAAAGAUGAAGAUGGGAGGUCUGUUUGACUUGAUCUGGACCUGAGUUCACCAGUAUCCAGACAGAACCAACAGCAGCCAACAAGUUAUAGUGUGCUGUUGCUCCACAUUCUGUUGGUUUACACUCCGCUAUGAAUGUGUCUGAGGAGAGAGAGGAGGGAGGUCCUACCUCUAAAACCACUCUGUCUGGACAGCAUGACAGCCAUACCAAAGCUAAGAGUCCAACAGGCGAGACCAGACUCCCCUGUACCCAGCUGUGUGUCCGUCAAGAGUGACUGCUCUAUGGAUCUACCUAACGCAUUCAAAGAGGGACGGCGCUCUACUGAACAGAGUCUAGUCCAACAGGCGAGACCAGACUCCCCUGUACCCAGCUGUGUGUCCAUCAAGAGUGACUGCUCUAUGGAUCUACCUAAUGCAUUCAAAGAGGGACAGCGCUCUACUGAACAGAGACAACACCAAGAGAGGUCAGAGGUUCCCAGUGGUCAGUCUGUCCGGGCGCAUCAAACAGACCUGGAUGUCAUAUUUAUGCGGCUUGAGGAGAACAUUUUCACUUUUGUGAAGAAGGAGCUGAAGCGUCUCCAGGAGGUUCUGAGUCCACAUUACCCAGGGUGCUUAGAGAGACAGGGGGAGGAGGAGGAGGAGGAGCAGAGGAGUCCCAAAGAAGCACUUCUGAAAAUCACACUGCACUUCCUGAGGAGUAUGAAGCAGCAGGAGCUGGCUGACUCUCUGGAGAGCAAAAUUCUUGUGCCUGUGUGCCCCCGGAUUAAACUCAAAUCUGCUCUGAAGGAGAAGUUUCAGUGUUUGUUUGAGGGCGUCGCUAAACCAGGAGAGUCAACACUUCUAAAUCAGAUCUACACAGAGCUCUACAUCACAGAGGGAGAGAGUGGAGAGGUCAAUAAUGAACAUGAGGUCAGACAGGUUGAAACAGCAUCCAGGAAGCCAGCGAGACCAGAAACACCAAUCAAAUGUGAAGACAUCUUUAAACCCUUACCUGGACAGGAUAAACCAAUCAGAACAUUAAUGACAAAGGGAGUGGCUGGCAUCGGUAAAACAGUUUUAACACAGAAGUUCACUCUGGACUGGGCUGAAGACAAAACCAACCACAAUAUACACUUCACAUUUCCAUUCACGUUCAGAGAGCUGAAUGUGCUGAAAGAUAAAAAGUUCAGCUUGGUGGGACUUCUUCAUCACUUCUUUAUUGAAACCAAAAAAGCAGGGAUCUGCAGCUUUGAUGAGUUCCAAGUUGUGUUCAUCUUUGAUGGUCUGGAUGAGUCUAGACUUCCUCUGGACUUCCAGAACAAUGAGCUCUGGACUGAUGUCACAGAGUCCACCUCGGUGGACGUGCUGCUGACAAACCUUAUUAAGGGGAAACUGCUUCCCUCUGCUCGCCUCUGGAUAACCACACGACCUGCAGCAGCCAAUCAGAUCCCUCCUGAGUGGGUUGACAUGGUGACGGAGGUGAGAGGGUUCACUGAUCCACAGAAGGAGGAGUACUUCAGAAAGAGAUUCAAAGAUGAGGAGCAAGCCAGAAGAAUAAUCUCACACAUCAAGACAUCACGAAGCCUCCACAUCAUGUGUCACAUCCCAGUCUUCUGUUGGAUCACUGCUACAGUUCUGGAUCAUGUGUUGAAAAGAGAUGAGAGAGGAGAGAUGCCCAAGACCCUGACUGAAAUGUACAUCCACUUCCUGGUGGUUCAGUCCAUCCAGGGGAAUGUGAAGUAUCAUGGGAGAUCUGAGACAGAGCCACACUGGAAUACAGAGAGCAGGAAGAUGAUUAUGUCUCUUGGAAAACUGGCCUUUGAACAGCUGGAGAAAGGCAACCUGAUCUUCUAUGAAGCAGACCUGACAGAGUGUGGCAUUGAUAUCAGAGCAGCCUCAGUGUACUCGGGAGUGUUGACACAAAUCUUUAAAGAGGAGUGUGGGCUGUACCAGGACAAGGUCUUCUGCUUUGUCCAUCUGAGCAUUCAGGAGUUUCUGGCUGCCCUUUAUGUAUUUUUCUCAUUCAUCAACACUGGAGUCAAUCUGCUCUCAGAAACACAGUCAAUCUCCUGCAGCUCUAAACCAUCUAUAGAGAAACCUACAGAACCAGACCUCUACCAGACAGCAGUGGACAAGGCCUUAGAGAGUCCAAACGGACACUUGGACUUGUUCCUGCGUUUCCUCCUGGGCCUCUCACUGGAACUCAAUCAGAAUAUCUUACGAGGCCUGCUGGGAAAGACGGGAAGUAAAUCAAAGACCAAUCAGAAAACAGUCCUGUACAUCCAGGGGAAGAUCAGGGAGGAUGUCUCUCCAGAGAGAAGCAUCAAUCUGUUCCACUGUCUGAAUGAACUGAAUGACCAUUCUCUAGUGGAGGAUAUCCAACAGUACCUGACAUCAGGAAGACUCUCCAAAGACCAACUCUCUCCUGCUCAGUGGUCAGCCCUGGUCUUCAUCUUACUGUCUUCAGAAAAGGAGCUGGACGUCUUUGACCUGAAGAAAUACUCUGCUUCUGAGGAGGGUCUGCUGAGGCUGCUGCCAGUGGUCAAAGUCUCCAAUACAGCGCUGUUGAGUUCCUGUAAUCUGUCGGAGAGAAGCUGUGAAGUUGUGUCCUCAGUUCUCAGCUCCAACUCCUCUAGUGUUAGAGAGUUGGACCUGAGUAACAAUGAUCUGCAGGAUUCAGGAGUGAAGCUGCUCUCUGCUGGACUGGGGAGUCCACAAUGUAGACUGGAAACUCUCAGGUUGUCGGGCUGUCUGGUCACAGAGGAAGGUGUUUCUUCUCUGCUUUCAGCUCUGAGCUCCAACCCGUCCCAUCUGAAAGAGCUGGACCUGAGCUACAACCAGCCAGGAGACUCAGGAGGGAAGCUGCUCUCUGCUGGACUGGCGGAUCCACAAUGCAGACUGGACACUCUCAGGCUGGACCACGCUGGAGUGUGCUGGUUGAAACCAAGUCUGAGGAAGUAUACCCGCGAACUCACACUGGACCCAAACACAGCACACAGAGAACUCCUUCUGUCUGAGGACAACAGAAGGGUGACGGUGAGAGAGGAGCAGUCGUAUCCUGAUCAUCCAGACAGGUUUGACUUCUGGAGGCAGGUUCUAUGUAGAGAGAGUCUGACUGGCCGCUGUUACAUGGAGGUACAGUGGAAAGGAAAGGAUUAUAUGGGAGUGACUUACAGAGGAAUCAGAAGGAGAGGAGGAGGUGCCGAUUGUCUUCUUGGAUGUAAUGAAAAGUCCUGGAGUCUAUACUGUUAUGGUGAUGGAUACACUGCCUGUCAUAAUAAAAGAGAAACAGAGAUACGUAUCUCUCCCUCCUCCUCUGACAGAGUAGGGGUGUAUCUGGACUACUCUGCUGGAACUCUGUCCUUCUACAGAGUCUCCUCUGACACACUGACACACCUCCACACCUUCGCCUCCACAUUCACUGAACCUCUCUAUGUUGGGUUUGGGUUUGGGAGGUUUGGGUCACGUGACUCCUCAGUGUGUCUGUGUUAGACAGAGGAGGUAGACGCCUCCUGUGUCCAGGGGGAACACUCACAGUCCUGCCCAAAGACAACUUCUGACAUGAUAGAUCACUGUACAGGAACACACACACACACACACACCCCAUCAGUGGUCACGCGGGGUCAAGUAUGAGUGUCUUCCUUCCUUGUGGGUAUCCUUGCAGGGGGACGCCUGCGCGUGACAGGUUUUUACGUGGAGUGGCUGGUGCGCCUGCAGCCACCACACGGUCCUUUGCAGGGGGUGGCCAAAGUCCAAUGGCAUAGAGAACCAAGACGAUCAGGGACCACCCUCUGUUGCAGCAUUCAUCCGGCUUCAAUUGCAUCUGGCUUCAUCAUAAACAGUUAACAUUUUGAUAGCUGAUAUAAACUUGGGUCCAAAACUAAAGGGUUCUAGAGUGUGAAACAAGAAUUUAUGUUCUAUCGUGACAAAUGCUUUACAAAAGUAUAAGACUAUAAUAACUGCCUCUGAUUCAAUUGGGUCUGUGUAUUCUAUUAGGCUCGAAGACUAAUUUUAUAAUACAGCUUAUAUGGCGACCUUUUAUCAAAGCUGUUUGUAUUUCGUUUAACGAGAUUAUGCACAUCUUUUUUUUUUGUCUAUUGGUAUAUGCUAAUGCUAUCAAUUUGUAAUCUGUAUUAAGGAGAGUUAUAGGUCGCCAAUUGUCUAUCGAAAGUGGAUCCUUGUCAGGCUUAGGAAUUUAAUGAUAUAACUCCCUGUUUCAUUGUAGUGGUCAUCUCUUCUUGUGUGAAGCAUUCCAGAAACAACAUGAAUAUUGUUUUUUUUCAUGUUUAUUAAAGCAUCUUUAAUUUCUAAGAUAUUUAACCCUGCAUUACACAAUGAUUUACAACAUAUGUAGUAACAAGAUUGGAAGUAAAAAAUCGCCAGGCAUCAGUCAAAUUUAACUGAAUGCAUAGAGAUGUCACUAUCUUGAGAGUUUCCAUUUGAUCUUUGUGGGCCUGUGUCAAUAUUGUUGU